GGUCUGACUUGCGCCUGCCCAGUCUGUCGCCUCUGCUUUCCCCUUCAGUGUAACCCGCUGCUGCAUCGACCAGCGCUGUGAAACUCUGCACCCUCCACCCCUAAAAUUAAAGACACAUGGCAGAGAAAGGGAUUGUGGUGCAGCAGGACAAGACAGGAAAAGUCAAGCAGGCAGAGGACAAAGGCCGCUGUGUGACAUGUCACGCCCCCAAGGGACAUGGCACAAUGGCCGUCCCUCCCGCAUACGCAGACCUGGGGAAAUCUGCCAAAGACAUCUUAAAUAAGGGCUAUGGCUAUGGAGUACUGAAGCUGGAUGUUAAGACCAAGUCUCAGAAUGGUGUUAUGGAGUUUGCCACAUCCGGUUCCAACAACACAGACACAGGAAAGUCGGGAGGACACCUGGAGACCAAGUACAAAGUGAAUGAGCUGGGCCUCACCUUCAACCAGAAGUGGAACACAGACAACACCCUGACCACAGAAAUCACCAUUGAAGACCAGCUGGCUAAAGGCCUGAAGCUCGGUCUGGACACGUCGUUUGUCCCCAACACUGGAAAGAAGAGUGCCAAACUGAAGACCGGCUACAAGCGUGAGUUUGUGAAUAUGGGCUGUGACCUGGACUUCGACAUGGCCGGACCCACUGUCCACGCAGCGGCUGUUCUGGGUUACGAGGGCUGGCUGGCUGGUUACCAGCUGGCAUUUGACACUGCCAAAUCUAAACUGACCCAGAAUAACUUUGCGCUUGGAUACAAGGCUGGCGACUUUCAACUGCACACUAACGUCAAUGACGGCACAGAGUUCGGUGGUUCAAUUUACCAAAAGGUGAGCUGCUGCUUGGAGACAGCGGUCCACCUGGCUUGGACAGCGGGAAGCAACAACACACGCUUUGGAAUUGGAGCCAAAUACCAGCUGGAUAAGAACUCCUUCCUGUCUACCAAGGUUAACAACGCCUGCCUCGUGGGAGUCGGGUACACACAGACCCUCAGGCCAGGAGUGAAGCUCACCCUCUCAGCUCUGGUCGACGGGAAGAACGUGAAUGGUGGCGGACACAAAGUUGGGAUGGGCUUCGAGCUGGAGGCAUAAAGAUUCAGGAGCCACAAGUCGCGUGGAGGGGAAAGCAGCAUAGGAGAAGAAUAAAGAGCCUAAAUGUGACAACACUCAGCGACACGUUAAACACAUCUUCCCUCUGAGUUCUAUACACAUACAGUACGCACACGGAUACACUCGUCCUUUGGCCUUAACCCUGAAUCCCAGAGAAGCUUCCAAGACCUCCAGUACUGUAAUUCUAACCAAACCAGGAUUUAUUUUGUGUUUUACAUUAUUUACAGUUCCACCAACCCAACUUUUCAGCAGAUAUUGCCACGAAUGCUACAAGUAAAACAGAUUUGUCAGUCUGUGCACAAGCACUAGUUAAUGUGCUGCAUUAGAUCAGUUGGAUCAGACAAAGUGCACUUUCAUUGGAGCAUUUGUGUCUCAGACAUAUGAAUGCUCUGUCUGAAAUUCGAUUUGAAGCACCUUUUUGAUCCUGACAUUGUGAUCGGUCAUGUUUUCUUCUGAUGCACUCUGGGUUCUAGAUAUUACUUGAGAUUAUUAGGAGAUGCUUGUAUUUGGUUUAUUGUGGUUAUGUUGCAUGCGGCCAAGGCUAGAGGGAAGUUUUUUCGACAUUUAAUUGUCAUAUUGACGAGUACAGUGACUGUAAACAGACGCAAUAGAGGCUGAAGAGAAUUAAGGUAGGUCAAUACUAACUCAGUAUGAGUCUUUCCACCACGUGACCUCAGUAACAGUUUCAACCUGUGAACGCUCAGUUGCCUAAAGGUCUAUUUUUCAGGUCUUCUUUAAUGGGGCCGGUGGCAAUUUGGACCUCUGUGUCUCUCUUUGUGUUUUUUUGUCCUGUACCUGCUCGACCUUUGUCACUACAUUUCAUUUUUUUUUCUGUGCUGUGCGUUGUAUUAGGGGCUUUAGUCAACAGUUAGGACCUCAAACUGAUUUUAUUCAACAAAUGGAAUAAAAACAAAAAGUUUAAACACCAA